CACGCAGCGGGGGCCGCAGAGCAGGGACCGAAAGCCCGGCCGGCCUGGACCGAGGACGAGGACGGGGACGGGGACCCACCGGGCACCGCUGCCCUCCUUGGCCGCUCCGCCUGCGGGCCUCGCUGCUUCCCCGCCGCGGCCUCGCAAUCGCUCCGGCUCGGGCGCUUCGGGCUCUGCUCGUCGCCGCCGCCGCCUCAGCAGGUGGCCCGCAGGAAUCGGGGCCAGCAGCCCGGACACCAUCCUUUCUGGCGCUCAUCCCUUCUCCAAGGCUACUGGUGCUCCCGUCGCCUGGCUCCUGACUGCCCGCAGCCCGCGCUCUGCACGGCUUCACAGACCUGCGUCGGCAAUGGGGCAUGAGGAGCUGUGGGUGCAACCAGCCUUGGAGAUGCCGAAGAGACGGGACAUCCUGGCCAUCGUCCUCAUCAUCCUUCCUUGGACGCUGCUCAUCACUGUGUGGCACCAGAGCACCAUCGCCCCACUGCUGGCUGGGCACAAGGGUGAUGCUGGAGACUCCCGGCGCGACAUGCCCUUGGGUGCCGACCCCAGGGAGUACUGCAUGUCAGACCGGGACAUCGUGGAGGUGGUGCGCACCGAAUAUGUGUACACGCGGCCACCGCCCUGGUCAGACACGCUGCCCACGAUCCACGUGGUGACGCCCACCUACAGCCGCCCCGUGCAGAAGGCAGAGCUGACCCGCCUGGCGCACACGUUGCUGCAUGUACCCAACCUGCACUGGCUGGUGGUGGAGGACGCACCGCGACGCACUGCGCUGACCUCGCGCCUGCUGCGGGACACGGGCCUCAACUACACACACCUGCACGUGGAGACACCGCGCAACUACAAACUGCACGGGGACACACACGACCCACGCAUCCCGCGCGGCACCAUGCAACGCAACCUGGCGCUUCGCUGGCUGCGGGAGACCUUCCCACGCAACGCCAGCCAGCCUGGUGUGGUGUACUUCGCGGAUGAUGAUAAUACCUACAGCCUGGAGCUCUUCGAGGAGAUGCGCAGCACCCGCAGGGUGUCGGUGUGGCCAGUGGCCUUUGUUGGCGGCCUUCGGUUCGAGGCCCCGCAGGUGAACGGGGCCGGGAAGGUGGUCGGCUGGAAGACGGUGUUCGACCCUCACCGGCCAUUCGCCAUCGACAUGGCGGGGUUUGCAGUGAACCUGAGGCUGAUCCUGCAGCGCAGCCAGGCCUACUUCAAGCUGCGCGGUGUGAAGGGCGGCUACCAGGAGAGCAGCCUGCUCAGGGAUCUAGUGACCCUCAACGACCUGGAGCCCAAAGCUGCCAACUGCACCAAGGCCUUGCUUCCUGGCCUCACCCUGCCCCGAAGUGGACACCUUCUGGAACUGCCAUCAGUCACAUUUCCUGUCCUGGGAGUUUCCAAGUUCCACCCCAGCACUGCGUGGCCACAGAGCACCAAUGGAUGUGGGCCUUGCAGAAAUAAAAUAAAAUAAAAACAAAAUGUCCCAGAAAAA